UAUCUUCUUGGCAUUACAAACAAGACUGAAAUAAAAAAAAAAAAGAAAAUCAGUUUUUAAUUUUUUUUUUCUUUUCAUAGCUGACUUGACAUAACUGGAUCAGUAGGUCAUCUGCUCCCAUUCCUGCAGUGCAUUUCUAAAUCUACCUGAAAAUUGACAAAAGGUUCAAGAACUACUGUUGGGAAAAAGUCUGCCUUGAGAUGUGUGCGCUGUGCUGUUGCAUAAAUGUUUUGCUUUUGUUAAAAACUGCAUCUGAGGUUUCCAAACAAGUCUGUCUUCAAAUCCAUUUAUUUGCCUUCUAGAGAUUCAAGAGCGUUUUAGCAUCUCCUCGGGGUGCUUCCUUCUUUCUUCAAUUGGCUCCAACAAGCAUCAUGAGGUUUCUAAGUGGUUUCACCACACCUUUUGAUGCCUCCGAAGAAGAAGUGUACCCACAAGGCCAGGAAGGCAGAGCUGAUUUUCCUUGAGAAGCCACGGGCAGGACCCAUCCAUUGUUAUGAAGCUCCACUGCAUUUGGCUGAGAAUCCCAGACGUGUGCCUACAAAACCUGUGGAGCUGAACACCUCUGCUGCCUGGGUAUGCUCACAAUUUGACACAACUAAGCCCGUGGUGUUGAAAGCGUGCCAGAAGAAGCGUCGUGGUCCUCACAAGCCCUAUAAUCAGUAUGCUAACCACAGUUCAUUUCAUGCAGAAGUUUGUCGAGGAGCUGUAGCCUGCAGAUUUCCUCCUUUAACUUUUGAGAAUCCAGAAGGACAUGCAGUCCCUCCGCUGGAUGAUCCAAAUUGCUUGAGAAAGAACGCACAGUGCUCUCCCAACCAGCCUAAGAAAGGCACAGCAGCAAACACCAACAUCCAGGUGAAGAGUCCAGAGAACUGUGGAGAGCUUGCUGUGGAUCAAGAAGUCCCUAGUCCAUCAGAUGCAGCUGCACGUGUUCCUUCCCCAAGGAAUGGGAGAUGCAGCAACACUGUAUCCCAAAGCAGUCACGCCUGGCAUGCAGAAGAAGAGUUGCCGUUGGGUAUUGAUCCCUGUGGGAGAGGGGAGGCGGCAGCAGUACUGGUUACAGACACUCCCGAGCACGAGUACGGCCUCAAGGUCACCUGGAGACGGCGGCCGCACGUAAUGAAGUACCUGCGGCAGCAGGGCAAGCUGAGCGCUGCGGACAUCCUGGUGAAGGCAAACAUGGAGCUCUCGAGGAGGCAGGCGCACCCCUGACCCGGCGGGAGCCGCCGCUCGCUGCGUGCAGGGACACGCCCGAACAGAGGCCGGCCCUUCGGGGCCCAACAGGGGACGUGAUUCGGCCAGGCCCUCUACAGCGCCUGGCAGAGCCUCCGAGAAACGCCGGGGCGGGGAGGGGGGAGCUGCGGUCUUUUGGGGAGGUCUUCCGUGGGGAAGUGUGUCUGGCAGGGCUCUGUGCCCCGCGCGGUUCCCGCCGGGACUGUUCCCCGCUCCCGGCGGAGGCGGCGGGCGGCUCCCGCACCGAGGGACGGGGGCGGCCCUUGCGUUCCGCCGCGCGUGCGCGGCGCCGCGGCCAAUCGGCGGGCGGCGUGCUCGCGGCCCCGGCCAAUGGAGGCGCGCUUCAGUGCCGCG